AUGUCUAACAACAACAAAAUAAAAUUUUUGAGUUAUCAGCCGGUCAUCUUUUUCAGCAGAAAACUAAAAAUUAAAAAAGCUUAAAAAAUGGCCAGUCCGAACUACCCCACCACCACCACGGGCGACACCGUCAAACCAAGAGUGGUCAUUUGCGUAGGCGAUAUACAUGGCUACUUUGUGAAGCUCCAAAAUCUCUGGUCCAAUCUUCAAUCCGUAAUCAGCCCACAAGAAUUUAGCUCUGCCACUAUAAUUUUUUUAGGCGAUUACUGCGACCGUGGUCCAGAUACCAAGAAAGUCAUAGAUUUCUUGAUAAAUUUACCCUCAGCUUAUCCAAAUCAAAAGCAUGUGUUUCUCUCUGGUAAUCACGACCUUGCUUUUGCUGCUUUUGUUGGGGUUUUGCCAGAACCCGCAAACGGCGUGUCGUUUAAGGAGGGAUGGAAGGAGUACGAAUCGAAUGAGGAAAGAGAAGGAUGGUAUAAAGGAGAUGGGUAUGAAAACAUGUAUUUGCAAGGGAGGAGAUGGGCUGGGUCUGUUAAGGUUCGAUUUGAUGCUAAAGGGAUUGAAUACAAGGGCUCUAUUUAUGAUGCUGCACCCACUUUUGAGUCCUAUGGAGUCCCUCAUGGAUCUGCUGACUUGAUGAAGGCGGUUCCAAAUGAACACAAGAAGUUUCUGGCUGAUAUGAAGUUCUGGCUGAUAUGGUUUUUGAGUGUCCAUGAAGAGGAAGAUGUUUGUAUAGAGAACGAAGAAGGAAUGAAGCACUGUAAAUUGAUUGCUGUUCAUGCCGGUUUGGAGAAAGGGAAAAACGUUGAGGAACAGCUAAAAUCUUUGAAAGCCAAGGACACCAGGGUGCCCAAGAUAGAGCCUCUUAGUGGGAGGAAAAACGUCUGGGAUAUCCCGAAGGAAUUAACUGAGAAGCCAACCAUUGUUGUUAGUGGUCAUCAUGGGAAACUGCAUAUUGAAGAUCUUAGAUUGAUUAUUGAUGAAAGCGGCGGGCUAGAGAAUAAUCCGGUGGCUGCAAUUGUGCUUCCAUCAAUGAAGAUUGUUCGUAAUACUGACAAUUUGACAAAUUAACUUAAAAAAUUGUGGUAUAUUAUAUAAUAACUGUCUUGUAGUUUUAGAAAAUUUAUCUAAGCGUACGUAGUUAUCUACCCAUUCAUAGAAUUUGAUCCAUACGAGCUUUGUUGCAUAAAAUAAGAUAAGAUAUGUUGGAAUUCUGUGUAUGACUCAUUGUUCUUCUCUAUGAGAUAUGUCACUGGUUCUUUCUUACAUUCUCUUCA